GGCUAUAAUAAAUGUUGUGUGUGUGUUGGGGGGGGGGCAUUCAAAAAGGGUCAAAGAAACAAUUGCAAUUAAUAAUGGAUAUUUUCUUUUCACACAGUUGAGCUGUACAUUUUCUUUUGCUUAACAGAUUGGCCACAAUGUUUAGCUUUGGGAGGAUAUUCCCUGCUUGUAAAAGUAAAGUAUUUCAUAACUUGCGAAUUAAUUGGCAGAUGAUGUAAAGUUCAUCUGUUUCUAUGGACAAGGGUAAACAAUGGUGUCAUGUGGUCAGAACAACGACCAGCUGCCUUUACUUUCCCUAACUAAUGUCAAAUACCCAUUAGAAUUGGGUGGACGCAGGGGAGUCCUAAAAAUCCUGAAAUUCAAAAUCCCAGUCUAGCUUAAAUUUGAGCCUGAGACGCAUUGGUUCAGAAGCCAAGCACUUUACCACUCAGCCACCAUGUCCCAUACUUGAGCUUUAGUUAAUUCUUUUCAUAUUUAUGCUUGCAAAGUAAUAGUGUUAAAAAGAAUGGUACACCUAAUACUAUUAAAAACUGUGUUCCUUUUCAGUCUGGCUAUCUUUAGAAUGUUAUAGAAGGCCAAAUCUGUGGAAGUAAAAUCCUUGUCUAAAAACUAUAAAGUUACAGGCCAAUAAAUGCUUGCUAUUGAUUUCUCCCUCAUGCAUCUUUACAGCCAACACUGAUGCUGAAAAAUAUUUCAAGUUAAAUAGUUGUGCCUGCAACAGCUGUGAAGUUUCAUACACAGCUUUUUUUCAUUUGCGCUGACAUGUGGUUAUUCUUAAAACUUCAUAAAAUUAAAGAUGCUGGAUUCAAUAUAUAUGGCGCUGGUCAUCCAUCUUUUUUGUGAACACAAUUAUUAAAGGACAUGCAUAAUUAUUGUUAUUGUUGAACUAUUUAUCUGAUAUAUCAAUUAACAAUGACUCCAUCUAUUUGUAAGGAAUGUGGUUGUCGCUGUGAUUCAUGUGGAAACAGAGCUGAUUCCUACCAAUCUUGUCCCAACAGCCUGGACCUACAUCAGCAGAUUGCAGAGCUGCAUAGCCAGCUUCAGCGUAGCAAUAGCCACAUCUCCAACAUAGAGCAUGAACUCCUAGACAAUAAGCAAGCCAUGGAUGUUGAGCUGGCCAAGACGAGGGAGGACCUCAGUCGACUAAGGGAGAGAUAUGAAAGGUUGUUGGAGAGCCAUAAAAAAAUGCAGAAAAUCAAUCAUGACUUAGAAGAUAAACUGCUGAAAAUGGUUGGUAUUUUCGAAAAUGAAAAACUUUCUCUCCAAACGGAGAUAUCAUCAGUGAUGAAUAAAUUGGUAGAUGCCAGAAUUUUAAUCAAUCAGUUAGAUGAAGAAAGUGAGAGAUAUAGAAUGGAUUGUAACACAGCAGUUCAGUUACUACAAUGUAAACCUUCAAACUUUGUCUCACACAAACUCAACACACUGCCCAUAGAUUUGCAGGACAGGCUCAGGCAACACAUGACAAGGGAACAAAUCAUGGCUGCUGAGAAUGGUGUCAGCAUGCAGGAGGAGCAGAAACUGAUUCGGGUCCCUAUGGCAACUUUCCCUCCAUGUGCCAUGGUGUUUUCCCUCAACCAAAACAUCAACAAACCAAGCGAUCAGCAUAACGAAUCUGAUGCCAGCAAAGGUUUUGUUCCCAUGUCCCUAAUAACACGUGUGCUGACACAGAGAGAGUCAAGGAAGACUUACCCAAGAAUGUUCCUUUGCAUGGCAUGUAAGAAGGAUGUAUUUCAUGAGGACAAGGGUUGCCAGGUAGAUCUAUUACCCACUACUCCCAGAAGUGUUGAAAUCACAUCCAGACCUACAGUGGAGAGAAGCCAGAGCUUCAUCCAUUCUCUCAGCCCUAGAAACUCUAUGAAUUCUUUGCGCGGGGGAAACAAUUUUAAUUUUAGCAGCAAAGAAUACAGCACAAGCACGAGCUUGGAGAAUGAUUAUUGACUUGGUUUAGAAACUGUUUCAAUUAUCAACUCUUUGGCAUCAAAAUUAGACCAGUAUCUUUUGGUCAGUGAAUAUCUCAACAUUUGAGAGCAAAUAAAAAACUGACCAUCUGUGGUUAUUAAUUUAUUACAUAUGUCUAAACUUAAGUCCUGAUCUUACAAGAUCUUGUGCUGUUUUAUAAGUCUUCCUUGCUCAUACUGUUUUAAACCACGCAAAACUGCUGUGAACUGCAAUACAUAUUUGAAUAUGGCGUUGCUAAAUAUGAAAUCCAAUGAUUGGAUUUUUUAAAAAUCUCCAAGGGCUGAGAUCUCAAAAGUAAACAAACUGCCAUUGAUGACAGAUGUUUCACCCACAUCUAGCUCCAGCCACCAUCCAUUCACUCUUUUUGUCAUUGUCUACAUGAUUUUCUCUUUAUCAAUACUUGUGACCUAUAAAAUUUGUUUCAAAGCAGAUAUUUAUUGUAGUCAGCAUUUCCCCUUAAUACAAAAGAGGAAUUAUGUUGUUAAACCUCUUGUAGAAAGUUGGGUUUGGGAAAAAUGUAAGUUUUAUGUCUGAGUUUGAAUCAUUUGAUUUGAGUUAGUUUACUUUACUUAGUUACUACUGAACAUACAGUUUGAUAUUAAUAAAUUAUUCUACACAAUUUAGAACUUAAAAGAGGAUAAUUUUUUUUAUUCUUAUUGGAUGAAAGACUAAUGUUAUUAAGUAUCGAUUGGAUAUGCUGCUGUUUGAAAUUUUAAGCAGUUUAUUUGCUAUGCAAAUCUGCUGUUUUCAAAAGAAGUGUUUUCUUUAUUAUGAUUGAAAAUCAGAUGAAUAUCCACAAAUUUUGUCAUCAACUUAUGUUUUAUUUUUUUUAAAUAUAAAAACGUAUAGCUGGCUGUGUUGUAGAACUAACUGACAAAAGAAAUAAAAAUGAAAAUAGUUAAAUGAAUAAAAAAAAUAUUAAGCUUUUGUUUGUGUUUGUCUCUCCUUUCCAUGAACCUUUGGUUCCAACAGAUGCAUUUGUUCUUACUGUGUUUAUCAACAAUCAACCUAACGUUGACAGUUUGUCAUGUAAAGUUUCACAAAGUAUAGUUAGGACCUCUGGGCCUGUUUUCAUUUCACAUACUAGCCACAGAACCUUUUCUGUAACAAAAAAAAGAACAACUCUGAGAUGUUUCUUGUAACCAAUACAAAAUUCACUUCUUCGUUCUUGUUAACAAUGCCUAGUGUGGGGUGAAAUCCCCAACAUAACUGAAACUUUGUGUACAUCCUAAACUAGCCAUCCUCAAACUCUUAACAACUUUAGUAAUCACAGUUAGUUAUUUGCUGGAAAAUGUUCUUUAGAAGAUUGUGGGGUUCCUUGAAAAUAAAAAGUUCAGUAUUAAUAGUAGGAAGUAAAGGUUGAUUUUGAGUUAGCUUAUAAAAUUCAGUUCAGUUAUUGGGUAAGCUUUAAGUUUUAUACUGAAGUUUUUGUUAGGGUUUGAUCUAGUGUUACAUUAUGAGAAUCAUAAUAGUUUACCCAAAAGAUAACUUUGGUAAUAAUUUUCUGAUCAAUUAGUGCCAUGUUUUAUUUUUCUUCUUCAUUUUGGACACUUAUUUUGUGCUCGUUUCUGUCACCUACUUCUAACAAUUGUCCAGAUUCAGCAACAUACACUACAUCUACUAUCUUAUUUCAUGACCAUUUAUGUUUUAAAUGCCAUACCAGAGUUACCAAUUUUUUUCAUUUCUGAGUAUCUGCUUUAAUUCAUACUCUACUUGCAGUUCUAUCUUAUCAUGUCGUACUAACCUUAUGUCACAUUCCAUGUGUGUCAUUGUUAUGGUAUGUUGAAUGUUGUGUUAUUAAACUUAUUAACAAGUUCUUAAAGUGGAGAGGCAAAUUCAUCAUGUUUCUAUUGGCUAGGCAAAGACAUCUAAUUAUAAAGUGUAAAGAGAGUCUUAAUAUUUUGUUUGUUGAGCAAAGUAACAUGACUGCAUAGCAUAAAGUAUCUCUAAAUAUCACCUAACCAUAUAGCAUAUAAAAAUCUGUAUAUAUUUAGAAUAUUUUAUUUGUUAGGCUAAAUGCAAUAACUCUAUAGAAUAAAGCUUAUGCAUUCAAGGAAACUCAAUUGAACAGUCACAAACCUUACAAUAAAUUAGGAAGGUCAAUGAUAAAUAAUGCUUCCAUGUUAUGUACUGUUAAGUUCUGCAACACAAAAUCUUUCAUUGCCAUGCAUAAUUCACACAAAUCCUGGUUGCCUCUCUUCAGAUAUAAAGAGAGCUUAGUUGUGAAGGUGCACAUUAGUGCCAUUGUGAUGGAAUCAUAAGACUAUAUGUGAGUGUAUGUUGUUUAUGUAGCUUACAAAUAUUUUGACUCCUAAUACUCAAACUGCCUUUUUAAAUGUGAAUGUUUUGUUGUUUUUUUUUUGUUGUUGUUGGUGCUGUUCAUUUAUUGGGAAUAAUAGCAAAUUAUCUUGCCAAGAGGUCUGCAAAAAGGAUUAUGUCUGAAAAUUCCCUCCCCCUUUCUGUUUAGAAUCACUGCUUUAAAGAACUGUAGAUAAAAGUGUUGUAAUUAGUUUGUCUUGUACUCAGUACAUCCACCUGCACAUAUUGUUAUUGUAUAUUAAUCGGUAAUUACUGAUGACAGUAUUUGUCAAGGCUUAAAUUAUGAAUAUAUAAAUAUAGAUUUGACUUAAAAUCAUGUUUUCUCCCUAAGAUAUUUGAUUUUGUAUGCAGAUAAUUAUUAUUUUAGAAAAUCAUUAAUGUCUUCAUAUAUAUGUAGAAUAUUAAUUUAAUGUUACCUGGGCACCUGAUAUUAAGACUCACACAUUAACUUUAUAUAGAAUUUAGUAAGAUGUCCUUGGAGAAGUAAAGGCACUAGUUGUUGUGCUGGCCACAUGAUACCCUUGUUAACUCUUUCUCUCCUAACUGACGAUACCAGCGUUGAUUCCACCAGAAUGUGGUAAAUAAUUACGGAGAGAAAGAGUUAACCCCCAGCCAUAGAAACAGCUGAGCUUUAAGUCAUCUGCCCCAAUAGAUCACAAUGUCUGAAAGGGGAACUUUACCUUUACCCCAUCUACUAUAGCACAUUCUAGUACACUUUAACUAUGAAAAAAUAAAAUAAACUGAUUCUGGGAAAAAAUGGAUCAUGGGAAAACAUAAGUGCUAAAUUCUUUUUGUUACAUAGGAUUUGGUGGCCCAGUUAACAAAGUUUAUGAGUGCUAGUUUUGUUAGGAAGAUUUCUGAGUCCACCCAGCUUCAUGGGUUACCUGAAAGUUGUUGAGAAAAAUGAAAAUUAUUGUUUUGUCCUAAUUAAAUGUUGACUGUUUGCUACAGCAUUAGAUGCUGUUUACUAUUUAUCUGCCCUAUAGAUCCUUAGGUCUUAAAGUGGAAGCUAAACCGGUUUAAUAAAUAUUCUGAACUGUGGGUACAUAAUGAAAUAAAUUUAAUGACAUUUUAUGUAGAUAUAUGUUUAGCAUUUCUAAUAAACACAUUUGUAUCCAUAUAAAAGAGUAAAAUUUAUAUUCUUGAUGCUUGUUUCUUACUAUGUUGUUUACUGUCUUAUCCAUUUUUUUUCAAAACAGCUUUUUAAAAUGUUUUUAUUGUAAUUUUAUGGUUUCAUAAAAAAGUUUCUUAUUAAUACUUUUCUCAAAUUGUUCUAAAUAAAUUGCUGGCUAAAUGGUAAAUCCCUUGGCUUCUGAGAUUUAGAACUUUUUAAAGAUGUUAACCGUAAAAGGUACCCACAUUAGCCGGAGAAAAUAAAUUAAUUUGGUCAUUGUUUUGACCACAUGACAUUUUCCUUGAGUGCUACAUGGAUCAUUAAGUUUAAAAGUGGAACAUUCAAUUACUGUAAUCCUCCAACUUCACAGUCCAGAUAUUGUGCAGGAAGAAGUUGAUGGUCUAUUACUAAGUGCAAGGACUGAUGAUGCUAUGUCACUCCAUCAAUCCAGCAUUUGGUGAAUGUGCAUAAAUAAAAAUAGGCCUUGGUGUUUAUUACAAUUGAACUCUAAUCAUGUGUAUGUGUUCUCCAUUAGUCUCUUCUUUCAUGUGAAAAGACCACUAAAAGUUUUAGUAAAACCACAUCCUCCAACCAUCUUCUAAUAUUUUCAUUCCCAAUGUAAUUGUGUUGACUUUUGUUCUUCUUUGGCAUCUCACUUCACAAGUAGACAUUUUUUUUUCUCUGAACAAUCAAGUACACACUGCAAUGGCUCUCUACACUCGAGCUUCUAUCAUUUAGUCUUUUAUUAUUUUUUUAAAGAAAGACUCUUUAUAUGUUUGCAUUUUUAUCUAGGUGUGUUUUCUCUCCAUAAGUUCAACUAUUUCUUGAUGAAUGACAGUGUACAGCUGGUCAUGGAUGGAUUGACGGUAUAUUGCCUAAAGACAAAUUCAGUUCUGGGUAAAAAAAAAGAUAUUGUUAAUAAACUAAAAAGGCUGUAUUAAUGACAUAAAGUGAUGGGAGUCCAUAUGAGGAAGAAGGGAUGAUUGCAAAUAUAUUGGUAGAGUUGUAUAUAUUUGCUGUUGACAUGAAAUGGUAAACUUAUUUUGGUGCUAUUGACUAAAAAUAUCUUGUGAAACAUUUGGUUUCAGUAAUUGUUUUUUUUUUCAUGAGAUAUUCUGAUUAUUGUUAAACGUCUCUGCAUUUGACAUUGUUGGUUUUCCAAAUUUCUUAAAAUCUUGAAGUUAUAGUUAAUGUUUACAAAGCUUAUAUCAACUCACUCUGUCUGUCUGAUAAAAAGUUUGCACAUUAUUUUUCUUACACCCAAUCUCUGAUCAAGCUGAAAUUGUGCACAAUUAUUUCUUUCACCUGACAACACAAGAAUCAAUAAAAAAAAACAUCAAACAAUUAGUUAAUUAACUAUGGGUAAUUAAUUAUUUUGUUUGGUAUCUUGAACAAGGGAAAGAAAUUGUACUUGACUGAAGUGGUGUAUAAACUGAAUUAGUCCCCUUUAUAGGUCGUCUUCUGAGGCUUAGUGAACACAACAUCAAAUAGAAACAAUUUAUAUCUAUAUGAUCUUCCAUGUUCAUAACCUCUUCGCUAGCAGAGUGGUCACAGUGUUGGCUCAAGAAGCCUGAGAAGGCUUUAGCCUAUGAGUUCGAAUUCCAUUCAUUCCCUUUUUUUAAAAUACAUUUUAUAAGCGAUCAUUCAGAUACCCCGUUUUAUCUCCCCCGACCCCUUUCCAGCUGGUCCUGGUACAGACAAGUGAUAGGAUCAUAGCAUAUUGAGAAAGAUAAAAACAUGAAAUUCUGCUAAACAAAAAUCAAUUGGUAAAAAAAUAUUUCUAAUCGCACUUAUUAUUGUUAUUCUAGAUCUAUUAAUUAAAUUACAUGACUAAUCCAAACUAAUUGAUACACUUUAUAUAAGCUUUGUUUUGUUUUUUUUAUUAUAUUUAUGGGGCAUUUUGCUUUUUUAACUGCCCUUAUUAUUUUACAUCCAAUUGUUAUUGGAUGAGCUCUGUAGCUAUGUGAACUACUGCACUCCUCCUUCAGACUGAAAGACAGACCUUAUUAUUAUAAUUAGGCAUAAAGUUUAUCUUGAAAAUCUUUUUUUAGCAGCAUAUAUAAAUUUUUAGAACAAUUAUUUGCCUGCAUAAAAAUCUGUAAUCUAUAAAAAAAAAUUAUUUAAAAACAGUACAGUGAUGGCACAUUUAAGAUGAUAUAUGUUUUAACUAAACAUUGAUAACUUUGUUUGGGUGGUGGAUACCAAUGGGCUAGGGUUUUAUAUAUAAAUAUAAAAAGCACUAUUCAGAAUCAAUAAAUACUAGUAAAUUACAGAAUUAGAAUGACUCAAAAAUUAUGCCAGUGUCAUUUUUAUAUUUUUGUUCAUGUUACAUUCUCUGAUCUAAACAUCUUGACAGUUGUAUUUGUUUCAAAUGUUUAAACCAACAUGAAUAUUUAAUGGAACUAAAGUUGUUAAACAUUGAUGAUGAUGUAUAAUUACAUUGUUUACAUAACCAUUGGCCAGUGUAAAAAGUAAUGUUAAUAUGUGUAUAUAAUAUACAUUUGUACUUUUGAUAUUGCAUAUCAAACAUGUAUAUUGAUAUAAUGUUAAGUCUAGAUUAACACCAUUUUGAUGUCAACUAUAGAAAUAAAAAUAUGCUAUCAGCAA